CCGCCAUCUUCCAGUGAGUUGCCAAAAUGACAAACACAAAAGGAAAGAGGAGGGGGACGCGCUACAUGUUUUCUAGACCCUUUAGAAAACAUGGUGUAGUUCCUUUGGCUACGUAUAUGCGAAUAUACAAGAAGGGUGAUAUUGUAGAUAUCAAGGGUAUGGGCACAGUUCAGCAGGGAAUGCCCCACAAAUGUUACCAUGGCAAGACUGGACGGGUCUAUAAUGUCACUCAGCAUGCUGUAGGCAUUGUUGUAAACAAACAGGUUAAGGGCAAGAUUCUAGCCAAGAGGAUUAAUGUGCGUAUUGAGCAUAUUAAGCAUUCUAAGAGCAGAGAUAGCUUCCUGAAGCGAGUGAAGGAAAAUGAUCAGAAAAAGAAGGAAGCUAAAGAAAAAGGCACCUGGGUUCAACUGAAACGUCAGCCUGCUCCACCAAGAGAAGCACACUUUGUGAGAACCAAUGGCAAGGAACCUGAGCUGUUGGAACCAAUCCCCUAUGAAUUUAUGGCAUAAAUGACUAUUAAAAUAAAAAUAAAAGAUUCUUGGAUUAA